AUGGCCAGCCCCGCGCCCUUAGUGGCCUCCAUCAGCCACCAAAUGGUGGCUCUGCAGACCCUGCAGCUGCUGCAGCAGGAGUGGGGCUGGGGGGACGGUCCGGGAGCCCCCGGGAGCCCGCGCGACCUGGACCACGUGUCCGCCGCCCCAGCCUGUCGCUCGGGCCCCAUGCGGGCCAGGCCGGGGCCCGGGCGCGAGGAGCGGGGCGGGGAGGGCCGGAAUGGGAGGACCGGGGCGCGGGUGAGCUCCUCCGAGGUGGAAGUGGUGCGGGGCGCCGAGGGGGGCGCGGAGCUGCGACCCUUCCCCCGGGACCGAGGGCCCUGCACCCUGGCCCGGAUGGCGAUGCGCAGCGCGCUGGCCCGCGUGGUGGACUCGACCUCGGAGCUGGUGAGCGUGGAGCAGACGCUGCUGGGGCCCCUCCAGCAGGAGCGGCCCUUCCCCAUCCACCUGAAGGAUAGUGUUGAGUUCAGAAACAUCUGCAGUCAUUUGGCUCUACAAAUUGAAGGACAGCAGUUUGACAGAGACUUGAAUGCUGCCCACCAGUGUUUGAAGACAAUAGUCAAGAAGCUGAUUCAGUCACUCGCAAAUCUUCCUUCAGAUGCCCACAUGGUAGCCUGUGCUUCCUUGAGACAGAUCUUGCAGAAUCUUCCAGACAUAUGA